CUAUCAUUUUUAAGUUUGCUUGUCAUUGCCGCUGAACACGGUAAACGAAAAUAAAAUACUACUACAAUAUUUACACCGAUAAAUGAGUGAAAUUAAUCAAUUGUAUUUACAAUAACGUUAUAUUUAAAAUAUUAUAAGUAGGACAGAUCAUGAGUUCAAUCGGAACUGGUUAUGACCUUUCGGCGUCUCAAUUUUCACCAGAUGGACGAGUAUUUCAAGUAGAAUAUGCAGCCAAAGCUGUAGAAAACUCUGGAACUGUAAUUGGUCUGAGAGGAAAGGAUGGUGUGGUGUUUGCAGUUGAAAAAUUGGUGACAUCAAAAUUGUAUGAGCCUGGUGCUAACAAAAGGAUCUUCCAUGUUGAUGAACAUGUCGGCAUGGCAGUUGCAGGCCUCAUUUCUGAUGCGAGGCAGAUUGUAGAGACAGCUCGUUCUGAAGCGUCCAACUACAGAUCUCAGUAUGGAGUCCCAGUGCCUCUGAAGUAUUUAAAUGAGCGAGUGUCUAUGUACAUGCAUGCGUAUACACUCUACAGUGCGGUCCGUCCGUAUGGCUGCUCAGUGGUUAUGGGAACUUGGACAGAUUAUGAAGGACCACAGAUGUAUAUGCUUGAUCCUAGUGGUGUCUCAUUUUCUUACUUCGGCUGUGCUGUAGGCAAAGCAAAGCAGGCUGCCAAGACUGAAAUUGAGAAAUUGAAACUUGCUGAUCUGACCGUCAAAGAUUUGGUGAAGGAAGCCGCACGGAUCAUCUACUUAGUGCACGACGAGCUGAAGGACAAGCAGUUCGAGCUGGAGCUGUCGUGGGUGUCGGCCGCCAGCGCGGGCCGCCACACGCUCGUGCCGCGCGAGCUGGCGGCCGAGGCCGAGACUCUGGCCAAGCAGGCGCUCGCUGACAUCGAGGACUCCGACGAGGGCGACAUGUGAACUUAGAUUAAACUUUUAUUAUUAUA